ACCACAGCAGCUCCAACCACAAGAACAAUUCAUUCAACCACAACAGUUGCACCAACCACAACCACAGCAGCUCCAACCACAACAACAGAAGCUCUAACCACAACUACAGUUGCUCCAACCACAACCACUGUAGCUCCGACCACAACAACAGAAGCUCUAACCACAACAACAGCUGUUCCAACCACAACCACAGCUGCUGCAACCACAACAGCUUCUCCAACCACAACCACAGUAGCUCCGACCACAACAACAGUUGCUCCAACCACAACAAUAAUUCCUUCAACCACAACAGCUGCACCAACCACAACCACAGCAGCUCCAACCACAACAACAGAAGCUCAAACCACAACUACAGUUGCUCCAACCACAACAACAGAGACACCAACCACAACAACAGCAGCUCCAACCACAACCACAGCGGCUGCAACCACAACAGUUGCUCCAACCACAACCACAGCUGUUCCAACCACAACAACAAUUCCUUCAACCACAACAGCUGCACCAACCACAACAGUAGUUCCAACCACAAGAACAGAGACACCAACCACAACAACGGCAGCUCCAACCACAACCACAGCGGCUGCUACCACAACAAUUCCUUCAACCACAACAGCUGCACCAACCACAACCACAGCAGCUCCAACCACAACCACGGCUGCUCCAACCACAACAACAGCUGCUCCAACCACAACAACAAUUCCUUCAACCACAACAGCUGCACCAACCACAACCACAGCUGCACCAACCACAACCACAGCAGCUCCAACCACAACCACAGAUGCUCCAACCACGACAACAAUUCCUUCAACCACAACAGCUGCACCAACCACAACCACAGCAGCUCCAACCACAACCACAGAUGCUCCAAUCACAACAACAAUUCCUUCAACCACAACAGUUGAACCAACCACAACCACAGCUGCUGCAACCACAACAACAAUUCCUUCAACCACAACAGCUGCACCAAGCACAAGAACAGAGACACCAACCACAACAACGGCAGCUCGAACCACAACCACAGCGGCUGCUACCACGACAGUUUCUCCAACCACAACCACAGCUUCUGCAACCACAACAGCUUCUCCAACCACAACCACAGCAGCUCCAACCACAACAACAGAAGCUCCAACCACAACCACAGCAGCUCCGACCACAACCACAGUUGCUCCAACCACAACCACAGCAGCUCCAACCACAAGAGCAAAUCAUUCAACCACAACAGUUGCAACAACCACAACCACAGCAGCUCCAACCACAACAACAGAAGCUCUGACCACAACUACAGUUGCUCCAACCACAACAACAGCAGCUCCAACCACAACCACAGCGGCUGCAACCACAACAGUUACAACAGCUGCUCCAACCACAACCACAGCUGCUGCAACCACAACAACUUCUCCAACCACAACCACAGUAGCUCCGACCACAACAACAUUUGCUCCAACCACAACAAUAAUUCCUUCAACCACAACAGCUGCACCAACCACAACCACAGCAGCUCCAACCACAACAACAGAAGUUCUAACCACAACUACAGUUGCUCCAACCACAACAACAGAGACACCAACCACAACAACAGCAGCUCCAACCACAACCACAGCGGCUGCAACCACAACAGUUGCUCCAACCACAACCACAGCAGCUCCGACCACAACCACAGCUGCUCCAACCACAACAACAAUUCCUUCAACCACAACAGCUGCACCAACCACAACCACAGCAGCUCCAACCACAACCACAGCUGCUCCAACCGCAACAACAGCUGCUCCAACAACAACAACAAUUCCUUCAACCACAACAGCUGCACCAACCACAACCACAGCAGCUCCAACCACAGCCACAGCUGCUCCAACCACAACAACAAUUCCUUCAACCACAACAGCAGCUCCAACCACAACCACAGCUGCUCCAACCACAACAACAAUUCAUUCAACCACAACAGCUGCACCAAGCACAACCACAGCAGCUCCAACCACAACAACAGAAGCUCUAACCACAACUACAGUAGCUCCAACCACAAGAACAGAGACACCAACCACAACAACGGCAGCUCCAACCACAACCACAGCGGCUGUUACCACAACAAUUCCUUCAACCACAACAGCUGCACCAACCACAACCACAGCAGCUCCAACCACAACCACGGCUGCUCCAACCACAACAACAGCUGCUCCA